CUGUUCUCUGACGGCCCGCCCGGCCGCCCCCUCCCCGGCCGCUUCCUCGCCUGCGCUACUCCUUCCUCGGCGCUCCAGGCCUGUUCCUCUUCUCCCGCUGUGCGGUACCGGCGCUUUCCCGGCCUCAUCCUGGCCUUGUUCCCACCCCUUUUCCCCGCGGGGUCUCCAAGAUGAACACACGCUUCCCAAAAGGGUUCGCCCCGGCGUGGCUUCCCACGCUGAACGGGUUAGAGUGUAAAAAAAUGGAUUUGGCCAACCAUGGACUUAUUCUGCUGCAGCAACUAAAUGCUCAGAGAGAGUUUGGUUUCCUGUGUGACUGCACAGUUGCCAUUGGUGAUGUCUACUUCAAGGCACACAAAUCAGUCCUCGCUUCUUUCUCCAACUACUUCAAGAUGUUGUUUGUUCAUCAAACCAGUGAAUGUGUCCGUUUGAAAGCGACUGACAUACAGCCAGAUAUCUUCAGUUAUCUCUUGCAUUUGAUGUACACUGGGAAGAUGGCACCACAACUCAUUGACCCAGUUCGACUAGAACAAGGAAUAAAGUUUCUGCAUGCAUAUCCACUAAUUCAAGAGGCCAGCCUUGCAAGUCAGGGAACUUUUUCUCACCCGGAUCAAGUUUUUCCAUUAGCAUCUUCAUUAUAUGGCAUUCAGAUUGCAGAUCACCAGAUAAGACAUCCCACUAAGGUUACAUCAGCAACUGACAAACUUGGGCGAGAACCAAGGCCACAGACGUCGCGGAUGAACCAAGAGCAGGUUUCUGAAGGCUCACAGCUCUCGCAGUUGGCUACAACUCUGCCACAAGUGACCCGAACAAAUAUGUCCACUUCUGACCCACUGCCAUCUUCUUUAUCUCCAGAACUGGUAUCUGCUGCUGGUAAUAAUUCACCUGCAGGAGAAGAGGCCAACAUGGAAGCAUCUUCUUCUGAUGAGCAGCCUGCCUCACUCACAAUAGCACAUGUCAAGCCAAGCAUUAUGAAAAGGAACGGAAGCUUCCCAAAAUACUAUGCCUGUCACCUCUGCGGUCGCCGGUUCAAUUUACGAAGCAGUUUGCGUGAGCACCUGCAAAUCCACACAGGAGUUCCCUUCACAUCCAGCCAGCAGGGAGAAAGUAAUAUUUCUUUGUCUCUCUGUAACAACACGGCUGAUAAAGAUGCCAUGGAAGUGCCUGAAGCAGGGAUGAUUAGUGACAGUGAGUUGCAGCAGAUCUCAGACUCCCCAAUAAUUGAUGGGCAGCAGCAGUCAGAGACACCUCCCCCCUCUGAUAUCGCAGACAUUGACAACUUGGAGCAGGCAGAUCAAGAGAGGGAGGUAAAGAGACGGAAAUAUGAAUGUUCCAUCUGCGGUCGCAAAUUUAUUCAGAAAAGCCACUGGAGGGAGCACAUGUACAUACACACAGGCAAGCCCUUCAAGUGUAGCACUUGUGACAAAAGCUUUUGUAGGGCUAACCAGGCUGCCAGACACGUGUGCCUAAACCAGAGCAUGGACACGUACACGAUGGUGGAUAAACAGACUCUGGAACUCUGUACUUUUGAGGAAGGCAGUCAAAUGGACAACAUGUUAGUACAGACCAACAAGCCCUACAAAUGUAACUUGUGUGACAAAACGUUUUCAACUCCCAAUGAAGUAGUCAAGCAUUCGUGCCAAAAUCAGAACUCUGUCUUUACACUAGAAGAAGAUCGCUCCAUUCUGCUAGGUGGUGGGGACACAGAAGCCACAGAGACUGAUAACGCAGUGUUAGCCUCCAUCAAAAAGGAGCAAGAAGCAGUGUUGUUAGACUGAAUGUGAAACCUAUAUCAAUUUUUUAAAGUUUCUUUACUCAUUUUUUAUUAAAACGAUUUUUUCCUUCCCUUACCUCUUACCUCACUUACCCCUUCCAUCUUUUCCACCAACAUCCUUCCCACCCUUUGUCUUCAGCAACCAGAACUGUACUGGCACAGUAGGAAAUUGGACUUUGCCUCUCCCACCAAAACAAACAAAAAGCUCUUGCAUCAAACCACAACAAAAUUGAUUUUAAUACAAAGGAACAUGUGAAAAAUAAUCCAUCUAACUAUGUUGAUAGUAUUAGUUAAUCCAAAUUUAAUAGAUUUUAAAUUAAAUUUAGAUUGCUUAAAAGUGUAUUUAGAUACAGUGAUAAGUGUAACGAGAAACAGAGUUAUCAGUUUGGUAAGCGAAGGAUAUAUGUAUUUUAGUUUCCCUGGUAGAAGGCAUUUUGAGAUCUGGCAAUAUAAACACCGUGCUUUUUAUAAGUCCACAUGCAGGUCGAUUAAGGUUAUAACCUAAAGCCCUCAGAACUUUCCUCAAGGAGUGCAAAAAUCUCUGUUCAUUGAGUUAAAAAGAGCUGAAGGUGUUGGGUUUCUUUUAGCCAUAUAUUUUCCCUGAAGUAUGCCUUUGGGUAUCUGGUUUGGAGUCAAGCAACGCAUCUACUUAGUCAAAUUUUGACUUAAGUAGCUAUAAUAGUAACGUGAUGGCAAUCUUUAUAUAUAUAAAUACUGUAUAUGUAUAAAGAUAUAUAUAUAUAUAAAGUGUUUAUGUGUAUAUUCGGUACAGGUAAAUAAAUGCACACAUCCUUUUUAAGUCAGUGGCCACCUACGCUCAGAUUCGGCCUGGAAUGUCUUUUAGUCAUUUGGCAAAACUAGUCAUUGCACAGGUUAGUUUUAACCAAAUUUAAAAUGUCCUGGGCUGUGUGCAUUUUUAUUGACCUGUUGAAGAGAAGCUAAUAGGUAAGUGUUGUCACCCAAGCUACCAAGGAAACUAGAGAAGUGACAUACUGGUGAGCACUGCACCAUCAUUAGUGCAGCACGUGCAUGUGGUGUUAGCUAUAAGUUUGAGUCAUUCUGGAUGAAAGGAGAGAGAAAAGCUUUAUUCCCUUACUCUGGCAAGGAAUGUCCAUGAUUUCAUUUGGUCUAAUGGCAUGAUUUAAGAGGGAGAAAAGACGGUGUUCUAGCAACAGGUGAUCAUGGUUGUUUUAAAGUGAAUCUGUAGUGCUGGCUGGCAAAUUCUGCUCUGUGAGAGCCCUGUUAUUUUGAAAGCCAAGACGAAGUCUGCAAAAAGUGAGAGGAUGAAUUCCGUACUUUUAGUUACUGCUGAUGGUCGCACUGCAUCUUUGUGUUAAAAAUCAAGUGGUUGAUUUUUUAUUAUUUUAUAUAGAUGCCCAGAUUUUUUGCUGGUAGCCUAAAAACCUACACUGACAGCAGCAGUGAAGCCCACCGAGCAAUUACUGGGCCAACAGAAGGUGUAAGUGGACAGAAAAAGUGCCCCAUCAUAAAUGGAGACAGUGUGUGUUUUGGGGGGAGGGGUGGGAGAGGGCAAGUCACAAACCACAGCUCUUCUCUGUGUAUAUGUUUAAACUGAAUAUCAUCUUUUUGUGUAUAGUUAAGUUCUCAGAUUUGUAAGUUUUUAUACAUUAUUUCAUUGAAUAAAAACUGAAUUAAAUGGGAUAUGAUUUAUUGAGUUGAAGGUGAAAGGUUGUUGGUUUUCGAUCUUCCUGGAUGAGCUCUUGCUGAAGUGGUUUAAAAGCCAAGUGAAGUAUUCUGUUUAUCAUCCUACAGAUGAACAAAUAGCUUGCUAAAACUUAAAACGGUGGAUUUAGCACGAAAAGUCACUACGUACUAGAUUUUUUUCCAGUUUAUUAUAACAUGACAACUAUGAUACAGGAAGUGAUAUUGAUUAUCUCCCUUGUAUUAGAGUAAUAGAUUUUAAAUCAAUUGAUUUUACUUCAAAGUAUGGAAAUGUUUUGAAGUAAAAAAAAAUAUAACAUCUUACAGAGUUAUUUUAGAGUUGCCCAUUUUAAAACUUUUUUAAAAUCUUCAUCUACCCAUAUAAGUUCUUUAAAAACACUUUUUAUUGCACCUUACUUAGUCUGAAAUGCUCUCAGAAUAGAAAACCAGAAGAAUAAAUCUUUCCUAAUUCAGGUUAAGGUUGGCUUUUGAGUUGUCUGUGGUUUAGGGGCUAGUCACAAGUUCAUUUCCAAAAUGGCUGUAGCUGCUCAAGGUGCUGCCACCUCAGUUGUUAGUUACUGCUUAAUCAGAUGCGCUUUUUUUUUUUUUUCUCCUUCUUUUUUUUUGUUUUCCCUAGAGCUCCAGCUCUGCUCCAUGGCACAGUACAACAGUUUAGCUCAGCUCCCCAGGUGGCUCGUUCUAUUGGGGGUACAUGUGGCUACACCAUUUUUCGUGAGACAUUCAUCAGCCCGUUACCUUAUUCCUGCUCUCACCAAUCCUUGUCCACUGUUUGGAGGUCAUUGCAUUUGAAUGGGUUCAAGUGAAAAACAACUAGUCCUAAAAAAUGCUAUUUUUCUGUCAAAUAUCUUCCCUAUUUUAGCUCUGCUAAAGGUUUUGAGCAACUAAUGGAUUGUGCAAGGGCAGAGAUGAACAGGGAAGAGGCUUACUGAAGCCAGUGUGGCUGCUGGCAACAUCCAGGAUGUAGAAGGUUGGAAGUGGUGACUCCCGCUUGGGCAGGUCCCUCAUCUGGUGGGCAGUGUGGCCUUGCAGCCGUUGUACUGCCCAGAAAGAAGGAUCAGGGUAGGGCAGGGAACAAGCAGCCAGGGAAAUAGUUGUUUAUGACAGUACUGCUGCAAGGAACGUGAAUUUGCAGGCCCAGCAGAGAUACUUUCAACCUGUUAAUAUUUAUUCUUAAGAAAUAACACUGUCGGGUAAAAAGAAAAUUGCAAUAAAGAGACUGUUUUAAUAUG